UUAAUUCUCUUUACAGAGAACUACCGCAACUCGAAAGGAGGUUAAUGUCUCUAAUUCGAAACCCUAGGUUCUUCUUCUCCCUUCUCAAACGGGUGUCACAAGCUCCUUUAGAAACUCAGACGAAACCCUUGAAUUCGAGAUGUCACGCCACCGCCAUCGCUGGCGAGAAACUGAGCCUUAAAACCCGAAUCGAGAAUCAGAGAAAGGCCCAGGCGGCGAUGUUAGAUUACUUCUACAUCACGAGAGGGUUACAGUUUCUAGUGGCAGAGAGUAUGAGUAAGAACGCGCCUCUAUUCAACGCUAACCUCUUAGAGAAGUUGGAUUGCGACACUCCCCAUGAUGAUCCUGACAUCGCUCUAUCGAUCACCAGGUUUCUACGGUUCCAUCCCAUAAACGAGUUCGAGCCUUUCUUCGAGAGUCUAGGCUUGAAGCCGUCGGAGUAUAGUCACCUGCUUCCUAGUGAUAAGAUGUUUUUGAACGAAGAUGCUUUUCUGCUUGAGAAUUACAAUACUUUUUGGAUAUAUGGGGUUGGUUUGAAGCAGAUGGGGAAGAUCUUUAAGGAAGCUAGGGUAGUUUUCGGGUAUGAGAGAGGGGUUUUAGCUUCAAAGAUUAAAGCUUUUGAGGAUUUGGGGUUGAGUAAGUCGUUUGUAUCGAGGAUUAUCGUUUGUAGCCCGAGUGUACUCGUUGGGGAUAUGAAUGUUGAAGUGGCUAAGGCUUUAGAGAUUCUGAGAACUAUAGGGGUUGGGGUUGAUUGGGUUGAUGAGAACUUGUCAGAGGAGGAUGAGGAUGAGUCUUAUGAUUGGAGGUCUAUGCACAGGGUGUUAAGCUUGCUUAGAGAUCUCUUUUUGAAUGAUAGUGAGCUGUGUGAGUUGAUCAAGAAGCGUCCAAGACUUGUUUUUGAGGAUUCAGGGGAAUGGACUCUGUUUCUAGCUGGGUUUCUAACCAAGCUUGGCUCAUCCAAGAGUGAACUCUCUUCGUUUUUUCUUAAGUUCCCGGGAAUUGAGGUGAAGAAAUGUGUUUUGAAUCUCAGGCAUUGCUUCUUGUUCCUGAAGAAGAUAAAUAUGGAGUGUGAUGAGAUGGGUAAGGUUUUUCGUUCUCACUCCUCUUGGCUUGGUGCAUGUUCUUUGAAGAAACCCAGAACCUUGCUUGAUAGACUGAACGUUGGGACUAAACGGCUUUGUCAAGUCAUUCAAGAAAACCCGGAGGUGAUGAAAAAAUGGACGAUGGGUUUAAAGGUGCAGCCACUACCUCCUACAGGGGAAGAGGAAACGUCGAGGUUAAUGAAGACACAGUUCUUGAUCAACCUGGGAUACGAGGAGAACUCAGAGGAGAUGGAGAGAGCUGUCAAGAAGUUCCGCGGCAGAGGGUCAGAACUCCAACAAAGAUUCGAUUUCCUUGUGAGUUUGGGUCUGAACGACAAGGAUGUCCGGAAUAUGGUGAACGCUUUCCCUCAGAUCCUAUGUCAAGCGUCUGAUCUCCUGGAAGCAAAGGUUAACUACAUUGUCAACGAGCUUGGUUAUCCGUUUUCGAUCUUUGUGGCUUUCCCUUCGUGUCUAGUGUUUACACUCCAGCGGAUGAAGCUCAGAUUAGGGAUGAUUCCGUUUAUGGAAGGUAGAGUAAAGGCAAUUAGCAGUUUACUUGGGUGCUCGGACCAACAUUUUGUGUCUCACUAUGUGAACCGUCACCCUGAUGGGCCUAAGCAUUGGGAGGAUUUGAAGAAACAGAUUCUCUACGAGUAAACCAACUAAUUUUCUUAAUUCUUUGUGGUCAAGAUUGACAAGAUCAACCAAGGCUUGAGGCAUCUAGAUAUAGGAUUCACAACAACAACACACUGAGCAAUAAGUACGAUGGCCAUCCCCAUGCCACUGUUCAUACCAUAUGUGAUAUUUGAUAGCUCCCAGUUGGGGGGGGCUUGAGGAUAUUAUCUUAGGCUGAUAUUAAGGGAGUAAAUUAGAUUUAUCAUCAUGACCUAGAGUAUCAGAGCUGGAGCAGCUAAGCUACUACAAGUCAUGCUCUUGGCUAGUUUUUGCUCCAAUCUUUCUGCAUUCUCAGUUUCUUUGGAUCUGUGAGAAGGUAAUAUAUCUUUUUGCCGGGAUUGCCGGUUUACAUGACGGAAGAUGUAGGUAAGGUAAUAGACCAUCAAGUUUACCUCAGCUAAGGGCUUAAAAUGACAAAAACAAAAGGUAAAGAUGAUUACUACUUUGUCUCUCGAGUUGGACGAUGUUCUUGAUUUUUGGGGGGUAUUUAGUUUUGGAGAAUAACAUGUUGAAUUUAAAAACCAUAUUUUGGUUUGGUUCUGUCUAUCAAAUUAUAAUUGUUGUAUCAAAACUGCUUUCUCCGCCUCGGUUUUGGUCAUGGUUAAUACUUAAUAGUUUUGGUA